GUAAAGUAGCAGAGCACGCGUUUCACACAGAACUAUAUGGACUUGUAGUCGUUCGUUCCCAAUCGCAUGAAGAGCACGAGAAAGGUGGACAUUAUUAACAAGGAGCCAUAGCAAUAAUACGAAUCUUAAGAAAAUCACUUCAGAAUCGGGAUACACUUCCAAGCAGCACAACAUCCAAAGACAACUCGGCUGACUAAGCAAGAGGUAGUGGCCGUCAUGCAGCACUAUGGAGUGAACGGCUACUCUCUUCACGCGAUGAACUCCCUGAGCGCAAUGUACAACCUGCACCAGCAGGCCGCGCAACAGGCGCAACACGCGCCAGACUACCGACCUUCUGUACACGCGCUCACCCUCGCGGAGAGACUGGCUGACAUAAUUCUGGAGGCUCGCUACGGGUCCCAGCACCGCAAACAGCGCCGGAGUCGCACCGCGUUCACAGCACAGCAGCUCGAGGCACUGGAGAAGACCUUCCAGAAGACCCACUACCCCGAUGUUGUGAUGCGCGAGCGCCUGGCCAUGUGCACGAACCUCCCCGAGGCCCGCGUGCAGGUGUGGUUCAAGAACCGCCGGGCCAAAUUCCGCAAGAAGCAGCGUAGCCUGCAGAAGGAACAGCUCCAGAAACAGAAGGAGGCCAACCUAGAGGGAGGUGACGAGGAGGAGGCUCCCACCACCACCACUCCAGAGAACCAGCUCCCCCCAUCCUCUUCCUCCUUGGAGGUUGAGGGUCCGCCCCUUCUGUUGGUGCCGGAAAUUAGCGUGGAGUUGAACGUGACCUCGGCGGAGCAGUCAGGCAGCGAGUCGGCCACAGAGGACAAUGCCACCGAUAAGGAGGAGGAGUCUAACCCACAGAGGGAGGAGUUAAAGAGUGAAAGGGUGAUGACGCCCGGCAACGUCUCUCCACCCUGCAAACGACUUAGCCCCAAACCUGAAUCCCCUAUGGUCUCCCGGUCUGUGACGCCCUCUUCCAGUGGUGUCAGCGGUGGGAUCUCCCAGAGCCACUCCUACUCCUCCUCCCCGCUCAGCCUCUUCUGCCUGCAGGAGCAGUUCCGCCAGCACAUGGCUGCCACCAACAACAUGGCACUCUACCCUUCCUUCGACAUGGGCACCACCCCAACUCUGCCCUACCUGGGCAUGAAUGUCAACAUGUCUCCGACGCCGCUGGGCUCCCUGCCCUGCCAAUCCUACUACCAGUCCCUGUCCCACCACGCAGCGCAGCAGGUGUGGAACAGUCCCCUGCUCCAGGCCUCCGGAGGGCUCCCCAGCCAAAACAGCAAGACCACCAGCAUCGAGAACCUCCGGAUGCGGGCCAAGCAGCAUGCAGCCUCCCUGGGACUGGACACGCUGCCUAACUAAGCCCAGGAUCUUAGUGCGACCUAGCUGGGAGAUCGGUACUACAUCCCACCCAUCCCUUGUCUGUAACCUCCAUAGCCCUACAGGAACCAUAUUCUCCAGCAGAUGGUUUCGGGGCAUGAGUAGCCAGAGUUUUGAAAACCAAAAUGGCAAAUCACCCUGGACCGAGUUCUCUCCUGCUUCUUGCUUUAUCAGUUGCCUAACGUCUGGGAUUGCACAGGAUCUCUAAAGCAGAGCAAAUACACUUCAUACGUAUUUACCUGUCUAGUGUUGCACUUGGUGAUAAAGACUUUGCAAUGUAAUGUUUACAGAUAAAAGAUUAAUUUAGGCAGUUUUAAGGGAAUUUGGGUCUUCAAGGGGGAAAAUACAUUUGUGCCAGCAUUGGUGGCAUUGAGAGACUAUUUGUACCGUGGGGCCAUUACCAUUUCAAUUAGGUCAUGUAGGUACAUAGCACAUUCUAAAAACGCAAGCACAUACAUAAAUAUAAACUCAAGCCAUGUUCUCCUCAAUAUCCUAAUUAGAAGUGACUAAUUGACCAGUUUAAUGCCCAGUAUUAAAUCAUGUUGUACAGAGACUGGCUUGGUAAUGAGAAAAUAAUUUCAGUGACUAAAUGUGCAAAGCUUUUAAUUACAUUUUGCCCUGGGCAGAGGGGAGGGGAGCAUAUGCAAUUAUGAACAUGCACACAGCCUUUAGGGCUGGGGGGCGGGGGUAGUCUCCAGUACUUUCUGUUGUACUCUUUAAGCACUUUAAGGAGUGGCCAAUCUUUAAAUUGUAGUCAAUUAUGCACCUGUGAUUCUCUCUGUGCUGGGAUCCCAUCAAGUCCAUCCACUCCGAUAAUGUAAAUAAUUGUAAUAUGUAAAUUAAGAAGAAAAAUAAGUCUAUCUAUUAAUGUUUACUGAUAAGGCAAAUGUAAAGGUGUUCAUAUGUUGUUAAUUGAUCAUAAACGCAAUUCCUAUAGUUGUCAGAGUUGUACAAUAGUAUUUAAACGGCUUACGCCAUUCCAAUACCUUCUGUUCCCUGGACUACUGAAGCUAUACUGUCUGGUAGUCUACAUAUGAGUUCCAUUGUGGCUGUGAUUGUAAAAGUUCUACUGUUUCUCUCCAGCCUGUCAUACUAACUGGUCCCGUGGUAGAUUUAAAAUGGUGGCGAGACUAAUCUGGAAACCAUAGGCAUGAUCA